GAGCCCGUGAGCUUUGCGGAGGUGGCCGUGUAUUUCAGCAGGGAGGAGUGGGCGCUGCUGGACCUUGCGCAGCGAGCGCUCUACCGGGACGUGAUGCUGGAGACGUACCAGUGCGUGGCCUCGCUGGCUCCACUUCCAGCCCCCAAACCCAUGCUGAUCUCCCUGCUUGAAGGAGGGGAAGAGCCCUGGAUCCCAGAUGUGCGUAGCCCUGAGGCCAUGCCAGGAGACCUCAGCCCAGGAAAUGGGAUUACAGAUGUAUUGGAGGAUCUGCAGGAGAGUGGUGUGGCUGAAGAGCAGUGGGGUAGUGUCUGUGUGGAGGAAAUCAGAAGGGAAGACCAAGGAGGGCUGGAGCAAGGUCAGGGUGAGCUCAUCAAGAAGCCUCUGGGGAAGCAUCUGGGAAAGACAGGAAGCAGCCCACUGGACUUCAACAUAGGUCAAAAGGGGCCUAAAGAACCCAGGAGCAAGGAUGUGUGCCAGAAGAAAAAGCGGAAUCCAUGCACUGAGUGUAGAAAUAGCUUUGAAAAAGAUUCCAGCGUCGUUAACCACCAGUGCAAAUGCUCAGCA